AAUAUGUAUUCGUGUUUUGAGGUUAAUUUCUAUAAAUCAAAAUAAAAUAAUUGGGGAAAUUUUUUUAUAUUUAUGUGAAUACUGAAUACUUUUUUUAUGAUUAUUCAGAGGGUGUUUUGAUUAUGUAAAUUAGAAAUAGUAUUGUUUUCAUAGCAUCAAUUCAGUAAUGCAAUUUGAGGUUAACUCUUAUUAAGGUUAAAAUGGAAAAAUCAGAUGAUAAUGAAGUGUUUGAAGAUCAAGAUCGUGGAAAUGAUAGUGCGAAGGAUUUUAUCCAUGAUUUAGACGACAAUGUUGUACAGGUUUCCUCAUCUAAAAAGCGUGGUAGGAAAAAAAAAAGUGAGUCAACAAUGAAAAGCACACCACAGAAAUCCCCUGAUCAGAAUGAAAUGGUCACUAAAAGAGGUAGGAAAAGAAAAUCUGUCAAUUAUUUUGCUCUGGCUAAUCCUGAUUUGGAUGAAAUGAUUGAUGAGAAAGAUGAGAAUAAAUCUCUUAUAAAGGAAAAUUCUCAACGUAAAUCAGUAAGAACAACCAGAAGAAAAUCGUCCAUGAGUAAUAGAGAUAUAGAAAAAGAAAAUGUGGAUGUUGAAGUUGAAGCCGGUGGAGUACAUUCUCAAUCGAAUCAAGGUGAGGAUGCUGUAGAUACUACUAAAGAUGCAGGUGCCAAUACCAGUAAGAACUCAGAUUCUGAAGAACAUAGUAUUGAUACUUUAGACAAAGAUCAGGAAUAUGAGACACAUGUUAAGAAGAAAAAAGUAUAUAGAAGGACUGGUACCACAACUAACUUGAUGAAUACACUUUUCUCACAAGCUGAUUUUAAAAUUAAUACCCCAGUCACCAAGGAAGUUUCCCCAAGUGUGAUUAGGAGAGGAAGACCCAGUAAAUCAAAGAAAAAAAAAACUGAAAAAAAUUCAGAGACAGAGGAUAAUAUUUUUGUGAGUCAAACAACUGUAACCUGUGCUGUUUGUAACAAAGAUCUAGAGAAAAAUAGUUGGAAACACCAUAAGCAACGUUUCCAUAAUAAUUUAGCUUGGAGAGUUGGGGAACCUGCUCUGGAUCUCAAUAACGUAGAAUUUGUUAAGUACACUUUGAAUGCUUUAUACCUAGCGAAAGUACCUUUUCAUUGUGAUAUUUGCGAUAAAGCAGUGAAAUCAGUCCAGGGUUUUCUCUCCCACAAAUCUGUUUGUGGUAGAGAAUCUGAAGACGUUAAAGUAGCUUGUGAAAAAUGUGGAAGAAAGAUGUUACCUGUUAGUAUGCAGUCGCAUAUGAGAUUUUAUCACGAGAAUAAAGAUAGGGUAGAAGAGGUUCCUAAGAGACAAUCCUCCACAAUAGUCAGCGGAAGUAGAAGGCAAGCUGCUGAGAAGGCAUUGAAAGUUAUCAAGGUCUUCAAUUUGGAAACAUCUGAAAUCAACUCAACAUUUGCCAAAUAUUUUGAAGAUCUCCCCUUCAUAUCAUCAAAAACAGCUACAGAAAUGCUUCAAAAUCAAAUUGAAACAUUGAAUCGGGUACAGUGCAAAUACCCAGACUGCAACUUCGAAUGUUUCACUGCUAAAGACAUAAAAAAUCACUUGAAAUUCUGUGUUAAAAGACCGGAUAAUGGCUAUGUCUGCAAACAUUGCUUGUUAGUUCAAUUGAAUAUCGCUGAUAUAAUAUAUCACAUCGAAUCUACGCACAAUGUCAUUAUCGAAGAUGAGAAAAAACCCGAAGAAAAACCACAUUUUAUUCCGAAUGUUCGGAAGAGACCCACCAAACAGAAUAGUAAGAAAGUAAUCGUUGGAGAAAAGGAUAAACUGCAAAAAAAAGUGCCGAAGUUUUUAUUACCAUUGGACAAAAAUUUGAAUGUGAUUUUCCGUAAAGCUUAUGAGUGGACGUUGAAAUUCUGUGAAAUGAAUUAUUCCAAAGUUUUACCUGAAGAACAUUUUCCAUGUUUGAAAUCUGACUGGGACUACAUGGAUCUGGAACACGCCGAAGAGUACUUACCCCAAAUGCCUUAUUCAUGUGAUGUUGGUUUUGAAACUGUCUCCGGUUUCCAAGAUAUCCUUCAAAAAGACCAUGCUUUCAGGAAGUUCGAGUUAUUCGAGUCUUAUUUGGAAAACAACGGUAACUCAACAAUAUUUUGUGGAGGUCCAGUCACUGCUCUCUCUUGGAUGCCGACUCCUCAUGAGUACGGUAGUCUUCAUCAGGUUGUUGCUGUGGCAACAAAACCACACCCUGAUGCAGAGUACGAAACUGACAUGAAUUACAAUGAAAAAUGCUUCAUUCAGUUUUGGGAUGUGGGACCUUUGAGGAACACUCACACGUCCCUGUUUAGACCGAAGCAAGCUUUCUGCUUGCAAUUUGAUCAUGGCCCUGUGUGGGACUUGCAGUGGUGUCCAUCUAAUUGUUUUGAUCUGUCAGAGCAAGCAGAUGAUUCGGAAAAGCUCAGAAGACUGGGAGUUUUAGCUGUGGCAGGAUCUGAUUCUUACGUGUACAUAUACUCAAUACCAAAUUUCAAAGAGAGCGGUCAAUUUUACAAUGCUCGCCCUGUGUUGAUAUUGAUUAGGAAUGUUUUCGAGAAAGAAAAGUUAGGAAAUAUGGAUUAUUAUGCGACUAGGAUAUCUUGGACUAAGGCUUCUGGCCAUAGGUAUUUGGCCGUAGGUUAUUCGAAUGGAGAAGUAGCGAUGUAUGAUCUCUGGAGUGAAUCAGGAUUACUCAGAUAUAAAACUGAUGAUAAUAUUGACGUUUUAACGCCUUAUACAGUCUUAGAAGCACAUUCUCACUCAGUUACAGCCAUUGCUUUACAUCACUCACACGAUGGCUGUAAGUGGCUCAUGACCGGUUCUCUUGACCGAACGGUUCGUACUUGGGAUUUGAAGGAAAAACGUUGUGUACGAACUCUAAAGGCAAAUAUAGUCAACGACGCCGUAUGGAUGACGCAUUGGAUGUGCCAUAUUAUCGGUUAUGAUGAGGCGUCAACUAUUGGUAAUGCUUGUAGCGCGAUUCAACAGUGCAAAGACGGUUUUUCUGACACCUUGUAUCUGUUCCAUUGUUCCUCGGCUAUAACAUCGCUUUCAACCAGUGAUUGGUUGAAUGGUAUCAUUCAAGGUAAUUCAGUGGGGGAAAUAUUCGCCACAUUCCCCAAGCAGCUCAUGAUAAAUUUGAAUUGGAAAAAUAGUAAACAUAGUAAAUUGUUGUUCGGAUACACUACCCUAGUGGAGAAAGACAAAAGUAUCGAAGAAAGAUUAAAAGUUAAUAGUGAAAAACAGAAAGCUCUGAGGAAUCAGCUGAAAGUAAAAACUAAAAUAACAACUAAAGAAUUACCGUCGGACAGAGAAGUGAUGCAUUUGGAUUAUAAUCCACAUUAUUUCGAAUAUGAACCUUUGGUGUAUCACGAGAUGGAUGAUAAAUACGGGCUGAUAUUCUGCGAUCAUAAAAUGAAAAAAUGGUCAGAUUUUCCUAAGAGUCUUCAAGACCAACUGUCUUAUUCAUCUGAAAGAUAUUCUCCGUCUAGGCCCAACAUGUAUCCUCUUCAAUCCAUCACAAAGAUUCAAUUCAACAUGAAUAGACAAGCGUCCACUUACUAUGUAAGUGGAUACCAAGCUGGCUUCAUAAGAUUGACUUAUAUGAAAUUCUUAGAAGACGAUCCCUAUGUUUAUAAUGAUAGUGUAAAUAUUAAGAAAUAAUAUAUUAUUUAAUUGUUAUAUAUUAAAUGUUGUAUAAAGAUA